AUGGGGAAUCAAGAUGGGAAGCUAAAGAAAAAUACAGGUGAUGUGCAGGAAGGAGGAGAAGAUGCCUCUGGGCCCAAGGAUACGGACGGCACAAAGAAGGUAUCGGGAGGCAGAAGGGGACUGGGGAAGCAUGCAAAAGGAAGCGAAUCGGGUAAGAAGAAGGGUAAGUCAGACUCCAGGCCCUCUGUGUUUUCAAAUCUGAGGAUCAGAAAAAAUCUGUCCAAGGCUAAAGAUGGGAAUAGCAGCUCACGGGAGGAUGUUUUGGAAAGCCAGGCCUUGCAGCCUGGGGAGCUGGACAGUACUCAUUCGAUUGUAACCAAAACUCCAGAUAUAAGCAUUUCUGCAGAUGAAGGGGGUCUCUCAGACACAGAUGUUGAACAUUUUGAAAUCAGAAAUGAAACUGUUCCAGCUGCUGCAGAGACACAGGAUGGACAAAGGACCAGCUCUGGCUCUGAUACGGAUAUAUAUAGUUUCCAUUCAGCUGCAGAACAAGAGGAUUUGCUUUCUGAUAUCCAGCAAGCUAUUAGACUGCAGCAGCAGCAGCAGCAGGGGGCAAUUAACAUUGGAACUGAGGACCUUGUCACCAAAACAAUGGGCCGACACAUGGCUGAUUCUCAAGCAACCCCCUUGGAUUUUGAACGUUUUUUUUCACUAAAUACCACUGACAAAGAGAGGAGCCCAGACACUGAGGGGGCUUUUCCAGCGGUAUCAGAAAUUGUGGAAAACCUUCCGGUGUCCUGUGAAACUGAACGUGAACCGAAAGAAGCAGUAAAUGGCACAGGCUCUCCUGGUAACAGCUUCUUGGGAACACAGGAACGCCAGCCACUGCUUGAGGAAGAGCUCGUUGCUGGAGCGGAUGCUGUAGCCAGUGAACUACACGAUGGUUUGAGUAGAACUGCGGUAGAAAACGGGUCUCAGAUACACAGCUCCACACAACCCUGUCCAGCUUCAGUGGCAGAUGCUGGGGCUAAAACUGCAGAAGUGCAGGCUGAUGAUUUUCAGGGCUCAGUAUCAGAGGGUGGUAUUUCAGAUGCAGGCUGUGAUCAUGCUGCUGAGAUUCAGGAAGGGAAACACACUCUGUCAGCCAGUCAAGAGCAGCUGCAUAAUGGUUUAUCCACAGAAAUGAAAAAUGGCAGUUUGUCCUCUGAAGGAACAGCUGACAGUCCGAUGCUUGGCACCCGAUGUUUUAAACCCUAUCUAAUUAAUCCCUGUUACAUCAAAACCACAACUAGGCAACUGAGUUCUCCCAACCAUUCCCCUUCUCCCUCCCCAUCCCAGAGCCCACUUUUCACAAGGAGGCAGGAGUCCAUCCACCAAAAGGAAAAAGUCUCAAUCAGAAAGAAGAGGUCUGCUAGUUUGGCAGGUUUGUUCAGUCGUUCUGCAGACUGGACAGAAGAGGUGUCUAAUCACAAAAGCGAGAUAACAGAGAAAGUGAGCUCUGCCGACUAUUUGGAGCACAAGGGGUUUAGAGAGAAAUUUCAAGCAGAAAGAGUGCCUUUGACUCAUUCAAGAAAGUCCUCAGGGGUCCAGGCUUCUACAGAGACAUUUCCCAAUGUCUUUUCAGGACGAACUCUCCUGGAAAAGCUCUUCAGCCAGCAGGAAAAUGCACCACAAGAAGAAGCAGAAAAACUGUGUUCCCGUAUUAUUGCCAUGGGUCUUUUACUUCCAUUCACUGACUGCUUCAGAGAGCCAUGUAACCAGAGUGCCAAGCAAAGCACACCCACGUUUGAUCAAGACCAGCUUUAUACUUGGGCUGCAGUUAGCCAACCCACACAUUCAACAGAUUACAUUGAAGGAAGCUUUCCAAGGAGAAUUCCAUCUGCAUGGCCUCCACCCAAACCUCCAGAUGAAGAACAAAGGCUCAAAAUUUCAGAAGCAGAGGUUGAGUUGAAAUCUACAGUCCUAGAAACGGAGAAGCAAGGCAUAGGUGGUGUUCAGCAGGCACAGGAUGAUUUUGAGGUGAAAUCUGAGGAGCGUGCCAGUGUCAUCCAACAGCUUGAGCAAACUAUUGAGGAUCUGAGGACAAAAAUUGCAGAACUAGAGAAACAGUUUCCUGCCGCAGAGGUGCAGACUGCUGGGAGGGACCAGGAAAAUAAGCACGCACACGCAGACUCUGGGGAACUCAACAGUGUGACUCUUCAAAGGAAUGAAGAGGAGACCGCACCCAGGACUGUGUCACAGGCGAGAUCUGUACAGACGUCACCAACAGAGGAUUAUUUAACACAUACAAUGCCUUCAGCCAGUGCACUGCCACAGCCACCCCCACCACUGCACUUAGAAGGGGGCAAAAGUGAAGGGCCUACUCAGAAAUUGCCAGCUCUAGAACUACAGCCCACAUUUUGUUCUGAAAUCUCCUUAAUUCUGUCACCGAAGCUAAUCUCAGUGCCACUGGAUGCAAGCCAGUCAGUACAGAGUAAACCGCAGCCACCUCUUCCAGGACCCAAAGCUGAUUUGUCCCUUGCAUCUGAAGGAGAGACUGAAAUGUCAGUUUCCCAUCAGCCUCUAAGUACUGUACAUGUAACUUGUGGUGAACAUCCCCCUUCCAUGCCCCCAGAGCCCACGUGUAGCAUUCCCCCAUCACUGCCAGCGACUGAACAGGCUGCCCCACUGUCUGGAGCACAUGGCCAUUCCUCUGUUACUCCCAUGUCUAUGGCAGGAUUACCACUGCCACCACCACUACCUGACUCAGGACUCCCUUCUGCUGCCUCAGCAGUGACACAUCUGGACCACUCUUUCCCAGGAACCAUGAUGUCACCUCUCCCUCCUGCUCCACAUUUGCCAAGUGGGGAGAUCCCGAUGUUGCCUCCAGCUCCUCUCCUCCCAUGUCCUGGACUCCCUCCACCACCUCUACCACCACCUUUGCCUGGAGCAGGAGUCCCAUCUCCUCUGCCUGGUUGGGGUAUCCCACCUCCACCUCCACCACCACCUUUGCCUGGAGCUGGUGUGCCUCCUCCACCUCCUCCUCUGCCUGGGCUGGGAUUGCCACCGCUAGCACCACCGCUUCCUGGAGCAGGACUGCCACCCCCUCCUCCUCCCCCACCUCUGCCUGGAGGGGGCAUUCCACCCCCUCCUCCUCCCCCACCUCUGCCUGGAGUGGGCAUUCCACCCCCUCCUCCUCCCCCACCUCUGCCUGGAGUGGGCAUUCCACCCCCUCCUCCUCCCCCACCUCUGCCUGGAGUGGGCAUUCCGCCCCCUCCACCACCUCUCCCUGGUGCUGGUGUCCCUCCACCACCCCCUCCUUUGCCUGGGUUGGGGAUGCCUCCUCCAGCCCCACCACCAUUGCCUGGAAGUGCACCACUCCUUCCAGCACCAAUCCAAGGUGGCAGCUACCCAGCAGUCCCACAGGGCUGUGGUUUUCUUCCUCCUCCAUUACCAUCUGGUUUAUUUGCAAUGGGGAUGAAUCAGGAGAAAGGGAGCAGGAAACAUGUGAUAGAGCCUUCUCGGCCAAUGAAGCCUCUUUACUGGACAAGAAUUCAGCUCCACAGUAAAAGAGAUUCUAGUGCUUCACUUGUGUGGGAAAAAAUUGAAGAGCCUUCCAUAGAUUAUCAUGAGUUUGAAGAACUGUUUUCUAAAACAGCUGUUAAAGAGAGGAAGAAACCCAUUUCGGACACCAUUACAAAAACAAAGACUAAACAAGUUGUCAAGUUGUUAAGUAACAAAAGAUCUCAAGCUGUUGGAAUAUUAAUGUCUAGCCUUCAUUUAGACAUGAAGGACAUUCAGCAUGCUGUUGUGAACUUGGACAACUCUGUGGUUGACCUAGAGACAUUGCAAGCCCUGUAUGAGAAUAGAGCACAGUCAGAUGAACUAGAAAAAAUAGAAAAGCACAGCAAGGCAUCCAAGGAAAAAGAAAACGCCAAGUCUUUGGAUAAGCCAGAACAGUUCCUCUAUGAACUCUCACUGAUUCCCAACUUUUCAGAACGUGUGUUUUGCAUCCUGUUCCAAUCAACAUUUUCAGAAAGCAUUAGUUCAAUCCGUCGCAAACUUGAAUUGUUGCAGAAACUGUGUGAGACAUUGAAGAAUGAAUCAGGAGUUAUGCGGGUUCUGGGUUUGGUUCUUGCCUUUGGAAAUUACAUGAAUGGUGGAAACAGGACACGAGGACAGGCUGAUGGGUUUGGACUCGAUAUCCUGCCAAAACUGAAAGAUGUGAAGAGCAGCGACAACAGCAGAAGUCUUCUAUCCUACAUUGUCUCAUAUUAUUUGCGUAAUUUUGAUGAGGAUGCUGGAAAGGAGCAGUGCAUCUUUCCUCUUCCAGAUCCACAAGAUCUCUUCCAGGCUUCACAACUGAAGUUUGAUGAUUUUCAAAAAGAUCUCCGCAAAAUGAAGAAAGAUUUGCGAGCAUGUGAGACAGAAGCAGCAAAAGUUUAUCAGCUAUCACUAGAAGAGCACCUACAGCCCUUCAAAGACAACAUGGAGCAAUUCAUUAGUCAAGCCAAAGUAGACCAAGAAAAUGAAGAGAAGUCACUGACAGAAGCACAUAAAAGCUUUUUGGAAACUACAGCCUAUUUCUGCAUGAAACCAAAAAUGGGUGAGAAGGAGGUGUCCCCACAUUCUUUCUUCAGUAUUUGGCAUGAAUUCAGUUCUGACUUCAAAGACUUCUGGAAGAAGGAAAACAAACUUAUUCUUCAAGAAAGAGUCAAAGAAGCAGAGGAAGUCUGCAGGCAGAAAAAGGGGAAGUCGCUAUACAAUAUUAGACCAAAACACGACUCUGGAAUUAAAGCAAAGAUAAGUAUGAAGAUCUGA